AUGUAAAAGUUUAAGGUAUGAGUAUAUAUUAGUCAAUUAUGCAAUUUCAGCAGGGAUACUUUUAAAGGUUAACAAUCUACAAAAAGAUAUUCAUUUCUGAAGAANAUCAAAAUAACAUUUAGUUAAAAUGUAUUAUAGAUAGAAGAGUACUUAAACAAGAAUAUGGAAAUUAAAAGUUUGUCAAUAUCAGGAUAAAAAAUAUCAUAUUUGACAAAUAAUUACGUAUUUUUUUAUUCAGGAAAUAAAUUGUUUGAAGAAUAUGAUAAAUUGAUUUAAUUUAAUGAUCUAAUAAUUUUAAUUUCAUAUAAAGGGAUUCAUAAAGUUUUAUGUUAAUUUAGUGAUGAAAUAUGUAUUUAUGUGAAUAAAUUUAUAGCAUUUCCUCUAUAUAUCAGACAUUAGAAUGUAAGUGAUGUACAUUUCAUGAAUAGUUUUGGAAUAAACUAUCACCUAAUAACAAGAUCGAAAAAUCUCAUUUAAAUAAAUGAGAUCUCUAUUAUUGAAUCAUUUAUUUAGUGUGAUGAUAGAAUAGGGGACAAUUAAGAAGCUGUAUCUUUUAUAGCUUUUGCUGAUGGUUGCAAUAAUAGAAGGACAAUAGCUCCUGCAACAAGUUGUAAAUUUGAAGGAAAAUUAUAUUGUAAAUUUUUAUCUAUUACAAUCAUUAGUUAACACUAUUUCUACAAUAUAUUCUAAGUUUUCUGAAAUAGUUUAUAUUAUGAUUAUGUUACUAUUCAUUGCUUCAGUCUUGAUUUUAUUAGCCAUUUUUUACUCUCGAAAGUAUCAAAAAAAGGCAGAAGAAUAUAUAAAAAUUAAAAAAGACAUCCACAAAUUGGAUUAAUCAAAAGAUUAAAUAAAUUAAGAGAAUGAAUAUUGA